AUGGACAAAAGGAUAAACUUAAUUUCAAUUUAUUUAAUGUCCAAAAAAAUAUUUUUAUUAUUAUUUUUACUACUAAUUUUGUUUAUUGUUGUCAAUUCUUUUGACUCGCUUCAAAUUCCUCAAAUACAAAGGCAUAGUGAAAUGCUAGUUCCUUUAAAUUCAACGACCGCUUUGCUUUGUGAGCUUGUUUUUAACCAGGGAAGGCCUAAUGAGGAGGCUAGAUGGAUUUUUGAAGGGAAGGAAGUGGCCAGAGUGAAUGGUCAGAGCAAUGCUUUCCUCAAUAACAACUCUUCCAAUGCUUCAUCAAAAGCAGAUCCAAUCCCAGAAAUUGGCUUCCUAAUAAUUCAGAGCACUCUCAGAGAACAUGAAGGAGAUUAUUGGUGUGAAAGAUUAAGCGAUGGACUGUUAGGGGAAAGAACUCGUCUCAGAGUAGCCUUCCUCAAACAGUUUGCCCCUGGAAGUGGGCCAGUAAUUGUAGAUGGAGGAUCAUCUAGAGGUGAAGGACAACUUGUAGUAUUGGACUGUCCUCAAACUUUUGGAGUUCCCCCGCCAAUAAUUAAUUGGAAAUUGAAUGGAGAGCGUUUAAUAGACUUUCUCUCAUUAAAUAUGGAAAUUGCUCCAAACGGCUCACUUCUUCUCCACAACUUUUCUUCUUUACAAAGCGGCUUUUACACUUGCGAGGCUGUCAAUUUUGUUGCCAAGACUCUUUCUGAACCCCUUUUUGUUGGACCGCCGCAAAGACGACUUUUGGAAUCUCAAAUUGCCAAUAAUAAUUUUGUUAAUUGCCUUAGUGUUUAUGUACGCAGUGGUGUGCUUUGGUUUUUAGUUGGGUGUUUGGCUACUAGUUGUAUGGUUCUGGCCUAUAUCUUGGGGGCAUUGUUCCUCUACCGCCUUUACUCUUCCAACGAACAAAACCACAGAUUAAGAAGAUGGCCAUGUUGCCCGUUUCUAAGCACCUCUGGCUUCAGAAAGGUUAUAGCGCCGAUGGAUACUGAAAGGAUUUUUGUUCCCCCUCCACCUUGUUAUGAGGAAUCUGUUUAAAUCGUUUUUUUUUAUUUUUCUCCUUAGAGCUUUUUUUAACAUAAAUUUUUGUUU